AUUUCUUCUCCUUUCUUCUACUUUACUUUUAAGCAAAUAUAUGAGCUCUACACAUAAUAAUAGUCAUUCAAGUGGUUGCACUUAUCGUUUUAUCGAAAGUUCAUUAGCUACUCUUCCAUCUACAAUUAAUUAUGAUCUAGAAAUAAGACAGCAACCAAAUAGAGCUAAGCUUAGUGUUAUCAACGAAAGAGAUAGAAGACCUAUUGAACCUCCACCCAUAUUGCAACUUCAUUGGAAAAAUUGUACAGAAAAUGAAUUAAAAAAAUGUCUUCAAAGUCCGUUUUAUUUUACAGUAGCCAAUCUUGUUACUGAAGAUGAUCCUGAAACUCCGUUGCUACCCAUCCAAAAUUAUUUAUCGGGCUCAACUGUCUCUUCCCUUUAUAGACUCCGAGACAUUGAUAACUCUGAUGGUGGAUUUUUUGUAUUUGGUGAUCUCGCUGUCAAGAAGGAGGGGCGAUUUAAAUUAAGAUUUUCCUUAUUUGAAAUAGUAGAGGGUGAAGUUCGAAACAGAAAGACUAUUUUAUCUGAUACUUUUACAGUCUAUAUUCCUAAACAAUUCCCUGGUCCUACUGAAGCUACUUUUCUUUCUAGAACAUUUUCUGAUCAAGGCGUUAAAAUGAGAAUUCGUAAAGAACAUCGACUUCAAUCUCGAAAAAGAAAAAUUGAACAAACACAUGAUUCUAUAUCAAGUGAAUCUUCUUAUCCUGUAAAGAAAUAUCAACCAAAAGACUCAAAGCUUAUCGUUUCUUCUCCUUCUUAUGCUGAACAUUCUUCUUCUUCUUCUACUACUACUUCUUCAGAUGUCUUAUUUGGGCGCUGGCAAGCAAUGGCUCACUCUGAUAGACAUAUUUCAGAUCAACAAUCUAGAGUACCAUUGUCGCCUCAACAUAAAAAUAAGGAUCAUUAUUUAAAACAUACAUUUCAAUCUUCAGACGACCCAACAUAUGCAUUCCCUAGUCCUGAAAGUACAAUUUAUCAUCAUACAUCAUCUUCAAAUACAACCCCUAUUACGCGCUCCAUGUCAGUAGCCUAUAGUAGUUACCCAUCACUAUCAUCAUCAUCAUAUACAAAACAAUCGCAUGUACCUCGUAAUUCUUGGCCAACGAUUUCCUAUUCUACUACAUCUUCAUUUUCAUCUACUUCAACCCCAAGUUCAACUAGUUCCACAUCACCCGUUUUAAUCGCUGCUAAUCAUCUUACUGAUUCCCCACCCUUAAUGGCAAGAGAAUUACCCGCUGAUUUAUCCCUAGCCAGAUAUCAUACAUGUUCUGAUCGUCAUAAAUAUCAAACUCGAUCUACUGUGGAUCGAUUACCUACACCACCCAUAUCCAUAACCGAGCUACAUCAUCUUGCUACCGGUACACAAGGUUGGGGUACACGAUUGCCUCCUUUAAGAGCCAUUAUGAAUCAAUUAGAUCGUAAGAAACCUUCUUUUCCUUUAAUACUACCACCACCUACUGUAGUUCCUCUUGGUCAAUCCAAUCAUUCAUUAUAUGAACAAACUUCUCAUUAUCAUCCAUAUUAUUAAAAAAAAAAAUUACACGCAUACACACAUACAUAUAUAUAUAUAUUCCUCUUUUCUACCUUUCAUACAUGUAUAUUGACUUAAUUAUUCUUCCUUCUUAUCC